AUGCCUCCCAAAGGCUCCAUCUCCACUCGGCUCAACCCGGUCCGUCUAAACACCAUCAACCACCUCCGUGUUCGCCGGCCGAAUCAAUAUGAGCAGAAUCCCUGCGUGAACGUGAUGUCCACUAUGCUCAAUUGCUGGGCUUCUGCCGGCUACGGUGCAGAGGGUUGUGCUGCUCUUGAGGCUCAAUUGCGGAAGUGCAUGGACACCCCGAAAUCCCAGGAGAAGAAGAAGAACACCGUCAACUACCACCUCAUGAGAAUGUACCCCAAGGUUGUCGGUCCUCGCAAGAAGGACGGUAUUCUGGGCUAA